AUGGGACAAGUUUACAGCUCCUAUAAGAUGAAGAAAAGAGAAAAAGCUGAUCGCAAAAAGUAAGUGUUUGAGUUUUUGUAAUCUGCUCAAGAUUAUUUGCCAAACUCAAAAAUCUUUUUUCAAGAUGAGGAAUGACCUAUUCAUUUUUUGGCAUGUUUUGUUUUUUCAUGCUUUUGCUCUUCAGGCGUUUGCGAGAGUUUUUUCUUUAAAUCCAAACCGAGAGGAAAUCGCAAUUUUUCUUUCUCAAGUUUGCUCGCUUUUGGUCCAGUUUUUAUUUUGUGCGUUAAUUUCUGAUCAUCCUUUGAGAACCAAGGAGGAACUUAUCCAGACGGGAAAUACUUUGCCUAUCUUAUUUGAUUAUAGAGGCCAUCUGGCAGUUACGCGUGGUACCGUACGGCCUGGUUCACAUAACGGACGAUUCUGAUUGGUGAAGUGAACUGCAUUCUCUAAGAGAGUAUCGGAUUAAUAAUAACUGCUAACUGGGGCUAUGAAGCUUAGCUCACGUUGGCACUAGGUACUGAAAAGAAUUAUUCAGUCAACAACAAUGCCCUUAUUUUAAACUGCAUAGAUUUUCUGUUUUAUUUCUCAGGUGGCAAAGAGAGCAGCUAAAGAAAGAAGCAGAAUGUAUUGUUCGUCUUCAGGAAGAACAACAGCGUUUAACUGAGUACGUUGACUAAAGUCGCCUAAAAUGACAUGUUACCAGCCAGCAGAAUUUAAAUGUCUCAUAUUUUAACUAGAAACUAAUUAGGCAGACGUCGGACAGUUUCAAACAAAGAAAUGGAUAAAGGGGUGGGGGUAGAGAUGUAGGUCCGUGGAAAAGGAUGAAAUAACUCAAUUUAAGUCGUCUUCUCCACUCUGUAUUCUUUACCUGAGACCCCUUUGAGGUGAGAUCACGGUAACGCCCAGUGAUUUUCCUUAUUCUCUAGAAUACUCGAAGAGCAUUAUGUGUAUCAGCCGGACUUACGUCCAGAGCCUAGAGAUGGCAAAGAAUGCAAAACCAUCGAAAUGACGGAAGAAGUUGAAGCUUUGGAGAGAAAACUUUUCCUUGAAGAAACUGCACUCGAUGUUACAGACGAGAGAUGCAACUUUCUGGACAGAAAUCUAAGGUGAGGAUGUGUACGUCAAGAAAACUUUAGUAUCGCUUCGGGCUCUCUCAGAUGCCCGUUUCUAUUAGGCCCUGUUGGGAGUUCGUUACCUGUCCAUAGGUUUGGAGAGACCUUUGGGUACUUGUGCCGCGAAAUACUCCUUGAAUGUCAGAUUUUAUUAUAUGGCUGAAUCCGCGAGCGGGCAAGAUGUAGUGUAUCCCGCGUUCUGAUUGGCUACCCAAGCGAGCAAGAUAUAAGCCCAUCUUGCCGGCUCGGGAUUUCCCGCGUUGAUCCCGCAAGAAAAUCUUUUCUUUUUGGCCAUUUAAUAAAUCCUUUAUUGACCAAGCUUGUUUGGUCAAGAUGGCUGUAUAUUGGCCUUGUUCUUUUUUUCAUUUUUAUUGACCUCCACUUCGUCUGCUCCAUAAAAACGUAAAAAGGAAAAAUCCAGCCGUCUUGACCGACUAACUUGAUCAAGAACGCAUAUAAACUUGUUCAAAGUCGCGAUCGAAUGACAGUUUCAGGAUUUAUCCUGGGCUUUGGAAAAUUUGCAUAUAAAAAAAGCGUGCAAACCAAAAAAGGUAAAGUUUUUCACUGCUGACCUUUUCAUCUAGGGAAGGUUCCAAAUCCCUAAUCAGCAGGGUCUCCUUUAUCUUGCAAUGGGUGUCCGACCGCCCUUUUGCCAAAAUUUCAAAAUGGUCCCUUUUCAUGUUAUCACCACUUGACGUGACAUGGCUGCCAAUAGGCGAUGAGUGAUUGCUACUCGUAAUGGAUUUGAUGGAAUGGAUUUGGUGGAAUAUAAAUUCUACUGAUAAGACUGAUCGAGAAUCCACUACCUGGAAAUCCGAAAUCCACAGAGUGAAAUCCAGAAUCCUAGAAUGUCUUGUAUCAACCUCGUUCCCAGGGUUCUAUCCUGGAGAGAGAACCUGGGAACGAGGUUGGUGUUGGAUUACCCAGAAGUCGUCACGUUACGUUGCCAUAGUAGCAAAAUUUUUGGAUGACAACAAACCGAUAAAGUCACCUAAAAGUCUAUUCGCACUAUUUCAAACUUCACCGAUCUUAUUCAAUUUCAUUUAAUUUGGCAAAUCUUGGGAAAAUUUUCUUUGGGCCGUAUCUAUCGUUAUCUAAGUUUAAAAAAAGAAAGCGACAAUACAACAACAACAACAUCUUUAUUUCUUACAUCAAAUAUACAAAUAUCACAAUUUUUGUGCUUUGUUCACCUAUUCCAUAAAGCGGGCUGGUGAAAUUAGGAAGUUUCAUGUCGUAGUAUUUUUUGCCGUUCUCCUUGCCGUCGUGGUCGUCGUUGGUUUUGUUGUCAUCCAGAAAUAGUGCUACCAUAGUAACGUGACGUCACACUUUUCCUCUCUAAUUGCCUCUUGCAUAAUUUGAAAGGUGCCCCAGGCCCCGGGGAAAAGUACUUAGUUAACCUAUUUGCAUUUUGUUCCUUUGCAGUCUUCUUCAACAAAACCAACUUGAUCUUGAAUAUGAGCGACCAAGCCGUCAGAAAAACCUGGCUGCAUUAAGAAUUAAACACGAGGCUUGUCAGUUUAACCUGUAUCAGAAGGCAAACCCGAUUGAACAAUGGACUGUCAAAUCGCUCCCAAACCUGUGGUUUACUUCCUUCUAA